UUGAUGUGACGCGCUGAUAUAUGACGUCACCACAGGAAUGUGGGGCUUGUUACACGGACAGUGACGGAGUAAAGACAUGUUGAAGUUUACCUUCGAGUCUGGUUGAGUUAAUUCUGUAUAAUAUCCUCAGUAUAGAAUUGAACAAGAGAGGCCAGUAAAACAUGCACAAUGACACCGCUGAUACGACGCUCAUGAACACUUCCUGCCGCAUCUCAUAAUCCAGACCAAACUCACUCGGAAAGUGGAUACAUUUUCCCCGCUUGCUCUACGAGACCUCAACAUUUCAUCAAAUUCUUUCAGCCAAACAAUUAGCUACUAGAAAUCAGUUCCAGAUCUACCCAGCCUACCAUGUCUGAACCAGGUUCUGGUUGUGGUGUUCCAGCCCAGAGACGCUCCCAGCGGGGUCCAGAGUUGCUGUCAGUGAAGCUGGGGGACUGCAAUCAAACAGUGGAACUCAAUGUGAUUGUCAAGGAGGAGGGCGAGGACAGAGAAAUCAAUGAGCGGGAGGAGGAAGAGAGAGAGGAGGACAGGGACUCUGUUGACUCAGAGAGCCCCAAUCCAGACUUGGUCAACAAGCCCAGUUCCACAGCAUCAAGACUACCUGGUUGUGGGAGUUACCCCUGUCCUCAAUGUGGAAAGUGUUUCAGUCGAGCAGGAGAACUGAAGACUCAUCAGAGAUCACACAGUGGAGAGAAGCCUGCCAGUACUUUCAAUGUGAUUGUCAAAGAGGAGGAGGGUGACUGUACUCUCAAUGUGAUUGUCAAAGAGGAGGAGGAUGAGAAGGAAAAGAGAGAAGUUGAGGAAGAGAAGGAAACUAGUGGUGUAGUUGACCCAGAUACAUCAAGACUUCGUGGUCGUUACCCCUGUCCUCAAUGUGGAAAGAGUUUCAGUUCCUCAGGUAAUCUAAAGAAUCAUCAAAGAGUACACACUGGAGAGAAGCCUCACCACUGCUCUCUUUGUGGGAAGCGUUUCAGUCGAGCAGGAGACCUGAAGACUCAUCAGAGAUCGCACAGUGGAGAGAAGUCUCACCGCUGCUCUCUUUGUGGGAAGCGUUUCAGUCGAGCAGGAGACCUGAAGACUCAUCAGAGAUCGCACAGUGGAGAGAAGCCUGCCAGUACUUUCAAUGUGAUUGUCAAAGAGGAGGAGGAUGAAAAGGAAAUCGCUGAGAAGGUAAAGAGAGAAGUUAAGGAAGAGCAGGAAACUAGUGGUGUAGUUGACCCAGAUACAUCAAGACUACCUGGCCGUGGUCGUUUCCCCUGCCAUCAGUGUGGGAAGAGUUUCCGUUCCUCAGGUAAUCUAAAGAAUCAUCAAAGAGUACACACUCGAGAGAAACAAUUUCACUGUGCCACAUGUGGGAAGAGUUUCCGUGAAAAAUUCAACCUCACGAGACAUGAGAAGGUGCAUAGUGGGGAGAAGCCUUACCACUGCACCCAGUGUGGGAAAAGCUUCAAUCGUUCUGGAAGUCUUAAGGAACAUCAAAGAGUACAUACAGGGGAGAAGCCUUAUCACUGCUCUCUUUGUCGGAAGAGUUUUAGUCAGCCAGGAAACCUUAAGAAACAUCAGAGAAUACAUACAGGGGAGAAGCCUUACAGUUGCUCUCUGUGCGGAAAUAGUUUUUGUUUUGCUGGAAACUUAAAGAAUCAUCAGAGAUCACACUGUGGAGAGAAGCCUUACCACUGCUCUCAGUGUGGGGAGGGAUUCCCUCAACUUAAAAGUCUUAAAAGCCACCAGAAAAUACAUAUUGGAGAGACGCCUCCCUCUACUUUCAAUCUGAUUGUCAAAGAGGAGGAUGGUGACUGUACUUUCAAUGUGAUUGUCAAAGAGGAGGAGGAUGAGAAGACAAUUGAUGAGAAGGAAAUGAGAGAAGUUGAAGAGGACAAUAGUGGUGUAGUUGACGUAUCUGGGUCAAGACUGCUUGAUCGUGGUCGUUACCCCUGUCCUCAAUGUGGAAAGAGUUUCAGUUCCUCAAGUAAUCUUAAGAAUCAUCAAAGAGUACACACUGGAGAGAAACCUUUCCUCUGCUCCCAAUGUGGGAAGAGUUUCAGUGAGAAAGUAAACCUUAAAAGGCAUGAAAGAGUACAUAGUGGAGAGAAGCCUUACCACUGCACCACAUGUGGGAAGAGCUUCAAUCAUUCAGGAAGCCUUAGAGAUCAUCAGAGAAUUCAUACAGGGGAGAAACCUUACCACUGCUCACUGUGCGGAAAUAAUUUUCGCUUUGCUGGAGACCUAAAGAAUCACCAGAGAUCACACAGUGGAGAGAAGCCUUACCACUGCUCUCGGUGUGGAGAGGGAUUCACUCAGCUAAGAAGUCUAAAAAGUCAUGAGAGAAUAUCCAUUGGAGGGAAGCCUGUCUGUGCUUUCAAUGUGAUUGUCCAAGAAGAGAAAUAAGUUGAGGGAGAAGAGCGUGAUGUGAAGUGAGGAUACAUAAGCAUCUCUGUAGGUAUGGAAAUUCACACCUAUCCUUGCAAUGGCAUCUUCUGUGACAACAUGGUCAUGGGCAGCACCAUUUAGGGCUAUCUUCAUUUUCUUUUACUUCUAUGAGUGUAUUGGAAGUUCACAAAGGAACUCAACUUGAAUACCAUCACCACCACCACCUAAUGUGCUGGAGAGUGUAUUUAUUAAACCUCUGUUUUGACAGGGAGUCAACGCUGAGACCAAGGUCUCUUUUCCAGAUGAGGCCUGUAAAGCACCACAAUACACAUUAAUAUACAAUAAACACAUUCAACUACACAUUCAUAAACACAAUAUACAAGGUGUUAUACACAACAAUACACGAAAGCAAAACACAAUCAUACAAAAACAGACACAUUCUUUAGUAACAAGGUCCCCUAACAAUCGUCUGAAUGGCCCUAGGGCCACCAAUUCCUCCAAUUUUAAAGUGCAUUGUAGAUCAUUCGACACACACAAGGCACAAGUAAAUCAAAUGCUGAUCUACCGAACUCUGUAGACACCAAUGGAGUCUCUAGAGUUAACCAACCCUGUGAACGGGUUUGAUAACUUAUCAUUUAGAGGCAGCUGCUCUUAUAUAAAUAGUAUCAACAUAAUUGAGAACAGAUUCCUGCUGACUAGAGAGAGACUAGAUCAGUUUCUGUAAAAAAAUAAAUAAAUUAUAUCUUAGUUUCUUAACAAGCUCAGUCGUAUGUUUUUUUUUAUUUUAAACGUUAAAUCACACCAAGGUCUUUGUAUGCUGGGACUCGUUUGAUUUAUAAAACCAUCCGAUGAGUGAGGGAAGAUGUAAUCCAACUGAGACAAUAAGUAUGAGUUUUAAAUCAGUAAGAGCUUCCUGCACAACUGUAGCCUUGUCACAGCCAGGUCAGCAGUCGGGGUAAUUCCUUAACGUAAUAGUAUCGUCCGUAUUUAGAUGAGAUCGAGACAAGAUCAUUAACAGCUAUAGUGGUUGCUGUAAUAGUGCUAUGCCCAGGCCUAAAGCCUGAUUGGUUUUACGUUAACUAUACAUGUCUCAUUGUAAACCAGGUUGCCAGUCCAGGCCUAAAGCCUUUACAUGAGAUCGAUAUACUGAACAAUGUUUUCCAUUCGCACAAAAAAAGCUUCUUUUGUGCACAAAUUUGUUUACGUCCCUGUUAUUGAGCAUUUUUCCUUUGCCAAGAUAAUCCAUCCACUUGACAGGUGUCAUAUCAAGAAGCUGAUUAAAUAGCAUGAUCAUUACAGCAUGACCAUUGACAAACCUUAGUCUAGUCAUGGUAAAAACUUGACGUCUGGCCACCCGAGUGGCACAGCAGUCUAAGGUACUGCAUCGCAGUGUUGCGGCGUCACUACUCAAUCCCAGGCUGUCUCAUUACCGGUCGUGACCAGGAGUCCCAUAGGGAGGCGCUCAAUUGGCCCAGCGCAGUCCAGGUUAGGGGAGGGUUUGGCCGGGGGGGGGGGGGCUUUCCUUGUUUCAUCGCUCUCUAGCGACUCCUUGUGGCGGGCCGGGCACUUGCAGGCUGACUUCGGUUGUCAGUUGAAUGGUGUUUCCUCCAACACAUUGGUGCAGUUGGCUUCUGGGUUAAGCGAGCGGAUGUUAAGAAGCUCGGUUUGGUGGGUCAAAAAUUAUUAAAAAAAAACAUUGUCUUUCUUUUGAAUGCACAGAGGACACAAACAACAAUAUCUAACCCCAACUACCACAGUAUCAUGUUAAAGGGAAAUUUCACAAUUUCAUGUUCAUCAUCUCAAGCACCACCCCAACAUCAACAUAUGUGAAAAUGGCGCAUUUCUAUGUUUUGCAGUAAAAUAAUAAGAGGAAUGUGUUUCCAAUGACAUCGGUGUGAUUUUAACCAAUUAUCAGGAGGCAUUGUUUACUAAUUACCUACUAAUUGGUUGAUGUCAUCACAUAUGUUGAUGUUGGGGUGGUGCUUGAGAUGAUGAAUAUGUAGUAGAAUGUUUUUUUUUUUAUAUAUAUAUAUAUUUUAUUUCUUGUUAAAGUAACGUAUGCCCAUGUACAUGACUAACAUGUAAAACAGUAGCAUAGUCUAUAGAGGCCUGUAUACUGGGGGCUGAGUCUAUAUAUAGUAUAUACUGGGGCUGAGUUUGUAUAUAGUAUAUACUGGGGCUGAGUUUGUAUAUAGUAUAUACUGGGGGCUGAGUCUAUAUAUAGGAUAUACUGGGGGCUGAGUCUAUAUAUAGGAUAUACUGGGGGCUGAGUCUACAUAUAGGAUAUACUGGGGGCUGAGUCUACAUAUAGGAUAUACUGGGGGCUGAGUCUACAUAUAGGAUAUACUGGGGGCUGAGUCUACAUAUAGGAUAUACUGGGGGCUGAGUCUACAUAUAGGAUAUACUGGGGGCUGAGUCUACAUAUAGGAUAUACUGGGGGCUGAGUCUAUACAUAUAGGAUAUACUGGGGGCUGAGUCUAUACAUAUAGGAUAUACUGGGGGAUGAGUCUAUACAUAUAGGAUAUACUGGGGGCUGAGUAUAUAUAUAUAUAUAUAUAUAGAUAUAGAUAUAGAUGAUAUACUGGGGGCGGAGUCUAUAUAUAGUAUAUACUGGGGCCGAGUCUAUAUAUAGUAUAUACUGGAGCUGAGUCUAUAUAUAUAUAUAUAUAUAUAUAUAUACUGGGGCUGAAUGUCCCAAAUGGUGCACUAUUCUCUCUGUAGUGCACUGCAUUUGACCAUGACUAUGGGCUAUUGAAUACAAAAUAAGUCCAUAGACUCCAGUAGAAUUCUGUUGUGGAUAUUUUUAUACAUGAUUAAACUCUGUAGAAGGGCUGGUUUGUAUUGACAUAAAAUGUAUUGUUAUGUCAUGAUCUGGAUGGAACCAGUAUUUUUUAGAAUAUUGUUCUGUUCCAGAACAGUAUAGAUCCCUUUUGUUGUCAGUUCUGGUUCUGUUCCUUGAAAUUCCGGUUUUCUUUUCUGUUUCCUGAACUGGUUCCAACCCCUGGUUUAGAAUAUUGUAAAGUAUCCAUUAAUUAAAUAAUAAAUGCAAACAAACUGUAAUCUUCUUUUUCAUUAAAGGUGGAUGAUGUUGGUAGAUUGUCUUUAUCCAUGAAAAGUCAGUAUUGUAUCAUGGUGAUGAUAAAUCAUAAGAAUAAAAGAUGCCAUACACUCA